AAACUCAUAUCAAUGACUGGGUUGGAGGAAUUGAAGAAAAAGCUUGUACCUUUGUUUGAUGCUGAGAAGGGCUUCUCAACAAGCUCAACCUUGGACCCUUGUGAUUCUUACACUUUAUCCGAUGGUGGGACCGUGAACUUGUUGAGCAGAUCAUAUGGGGUGUACAAUAUCAAUGAGCUUGGGUUGCAAAAGUGCACAUCUCGAUCUGUUCACGAGACUGCUGAUCAGAGUGAGAAAACAUAUAGGUGUGCCUCCCACGAGAUGCGAAUAUUCGGAGCAAUUGGUAGUGGUGCCAGCAGUAUUGUCCAGAGAGCUAUUCAUAUACCAACACAUAGGAUUCUAGCUUUGAAGAAGAUUAAUAUCUUUGAGAAGGAGAAAAGACAGCAGCUCCUAACAGAGAUAAGGGCACUAUGCGAAGCGCCUUGUUAUCAGGGUCUUGUAGAGUUUCAUGGGGCAUUUUACACUCCGGACUCUGGACAAAUAAGCAUAGCUCUGGAGUAUAUGGAUGGAGGAUCGCUUGCAGAUAUCUUGCGAAAGCAUAGAAGGAUACCUGAACCUAUUCUUUCAUCCAUGUUUCAGAAGCUCCUACAUGGUCUAAGAUAUCUUCAUGGAGUCAGAUAUUUAGUUCACAGAGACAUAAAGCCUGCCAAUUUACUCAUAAACCUCAAGGGGGAGCCGAAAAUUACUGACUUUGGUAUCAGUGCUGGCUUAGAGAAUUCAGUGGCAAUGUGUGCUACAUUUGUUGGAACUGUUACGUACAUGUCUCCUGAGAGAAUCCGAAAUGAAAGCUAUUCUUAUCCAGCCGAUAUUUGGAGCUUUGGUCUUGCUCUCCUCGAGUGUGGAACAGGAGAAUUCCCAUAUACAGCUAAUGAGGGUCCUGUAAAUCUUAUGCUGCAGAUUCUGGAUGAUCCAUCACCAUCACCGUCAAAACAAGUGUUUUCGCCCGAGUUCUGCUCUUUUGUUGAUGCUUGCUUGCAGAAGGAUCCAGAAAGUAGGCCAACUGCAGAACAGCUUCUUUUGCACCCUUUUAUUACAAAGUAUGAGAAUGCGGAGAUAGAUUUAGCGGCAUUUGUUCGAAGUGUUUUUGAUCCUACACAAAGAUUAAAGGAUUUGGCAGAUAUGUUGACAUUACAUUAUUACUUACUAUUUGAUGGACCUGAUGAUUUGUGGCAACACACAAGGAGCUUAUAUAAUGAAAACUCAAUUUUCAAGUUCUCUGGGAAACAACAUGUUGGUUCAAACAAUAUCUUCACAACCCUAUCGAGUAUUCGAAGUACGUUACUUGGCGAUUGGCCUCCGGAGAAGUUGGUGCAUGUCGUUGAAAAGCUUCAGUGUCGUGCUCACGGCGAAGAUGGAGUUGCAAUCAGGGUCUCAGGAUCAUUCAUAAUUGGGAAUCAGUUUCUCAUUUGUGGAGAUGGCAUUCAAGUAGAAGGCUUACCAAACUUCAAAGAUCUUGAAAUUGAUAUUCCUAGCAUGAGACUGGGUACAUUUCAUGAACAAUUCAUAGUGGAGGCAACAAACCUAAUUGGAUGCUACAACAUUGUUAACCAAGAGUUGUAUAUUAACCAAUAAUAUACUCCAAAAAUAUCAAGGUUUCAAUCAUGUUUAUAUUAUGAACUUGUAAAAAAAGAAAGGAAGGAAGAAAGAAAAUGUUAAUAGUUAAGAUGAAUUAUCAUGUCCAAGGGAUGUUGUAUCAUAUUUGAGAGAAAUUGCAUUCUCCAUUAAUAAAACCCAACCAACUUGGUUUAUGAUUAGAUGUAUUUUAACUCUGGAGAUUUUUUGGUAUCUUGAGGAAAAAGAAACAAAUAAAGAAGAAAACAAAAGGAAGAGAGGACAAUGUAUCCUUUCAUUGUCGAACGAGUAGUGCUAAUUGCUAAGUGAACAAGGAGUUUUCAACCAAGUAUUUAUUUCUCACCUUUCACCUC